ACAAGUCGGGCAGUGUUGUGCGUCGUUGCCAGCGCUUGUGGGUGACUGAGUGAAUUGCGUUCUCGAACAUUCGUGUCGAUUCAGGUCUGGCAAAGAUGAAUCAGGAGAGGUUUCCCACCAUGGAUGGGAAAAACAUAUCAGUCAAGGCAUACAUGGACCUAGAGGAUGGCAAACAGGAAAUCCGCCGGUUUGGUCUGGAUAGCUCGGCUGCCACCAGCUUCCCCUUCCUGCAGGGCAAGCUGCAAGUAGUGUUCCCGGGGCUGCUACGACAGCAGUUCGACAUCCGCUGGGAGGACGCUGAUGGCGACGCCAUCACGAUCAGCUCUGAUGAGGAGCUGUUGGUGGCGCUGGUCAGCUGUCUGCAAGUGGCCGGCCAGCAGACACUGCGCCUGCACGUGGUGCCCACCCGCCGGCGGCAGCCACCUACCGCCGCCAACGCCGCCGCCGCCGGCCCCGUCCACUGCGGCGUCAGCUGCGACGGCUGCGAGCAGACCAUCCGCGGCCACCGCUACAAGUGCAUGAGCUGCGACGACUUCGACCUGUGCGCCGGCUGCGAGGCGCGUGGCACGCACAAGGAGCACCUGAUGCUGCGCAUCCCCAGCCCGGAUCAGGUGUGGCAGCCGGUGUUCCGACACGGCCGGCGCAGCGGCCGCCGCGCUGCCUGGGCCACGCACGGCCGGCCGGCUUGUGCGCGUUCACCGACGGGCCGCCCCGAGCGGAAGGCCGCGCGUGCCGCGGAGAAGGCCGACGCCGCUGCGGCCUCGGCGGCUGCGCCCGGUGGCGACGGCCAGCAACGGCCCAAUAACUUUUUCGAGGCGAUCCAUUCGGCCAUGUCGGCGCUGGGUGGCUUCACGUCCGAGAUGGGCGCCGGCGCGGCAGCCGCCCGCUGGUCGGAGAAGAGUCUCGAGGAGCUCGGCCACACUCUCGCGUCCGUGCUCGACCCGUUCGGCAUCGACGUGGACGUCGGGGUGGAGGCCCGCCAGCAGCAGAGAGCUGCCGCCGCCACCGCUGCCGCCGAGAACGUCGCCCCGCCGCCGCCCGGGCCGCAGCAGAAGGCAUCGUCCGCCAAACAGCCAGCAGGCGGCGCCACUGUAGAGCCGGCGUCGGCAGCGGCGGCCAGCGCUGGCGGAGCUGAGGAGAUGGAGGCGGAGCCGGCCAUGGCUGCCGGCGUCCCGAGCGAAGCGCCUCCCGCUGAAGACACCAUCAUUCCAGUGAUCAUCGACGACGAGCCGCACGACGACUGGACGGUGGUGGGCGGCAGCGGCGGCGCGCCAGACGAGUCGAGCGGCGCGCGUGGUCGGGUGUACCCGGACCUGGCGUCGGAUGCCGUUCCGAGUCCCACCGCUGCCGCCCCGUCCGCGACGAACGACUCGGCCGCCUCGCUGGACGCGCGCAUCCAGCGCGCUCUGCACGUCAUGUCCGCCAUGGGGUUCUCCAACGACGGCGGCUGGUUGACGCAGCUGCUGCAGGCCAAGCAGGGCGACAUUGGUGCCGUGCUGGACGUGCUGCAGCCGGUGCGACCCCGCCCGGACCAGUAAGCGGCCCGCCGACUGGAGCCGACCGGUGAUGCGCCCCGCUGUAGCUGUUUGUCAAAGCAUAACGUUCCUUUCGUCGCUUGUCACAUGGCCUGUGGCAUAGCUAAUUCGAAUUGAUUUUCGUAGACGUAAGCUGGGACCGAUUCUGCCCGCUGUGUGGUUGUUGGAUGGUUGCGUAUCGAUGCAUUCCUUAGCAGAAAUAUUCAUGUAUAUAUAUAUAUAUAUAUAUAUAUAUAUAUAU